AUGUCCCCAAUCAAAGAGCUAGAGGUUCUCCAAUCACUGAACUCUAUUUUCCUUGUUGUCCGUCCCAUAGCCCGGACCUUCUGGGAGUUGAAGUUUGAAGGCAGUUCCGGGCCUGGAGGCGUUUUUGCAAGCUACUCGGUUCCGGCUCUUAACAGCGUGGAACUACAAGUCCCAGAAUCCUUUGAGAAAGCCGUAGUCAAGUUGCCGGUGGAAUUGGCCCAGGAUGACAGCUGGAGAAUGGAGUCAGUUAUGUCCAAGUAUGAAAACCAGAUUACUAUUUUCACUGACUACUUAGAAGAAUUUCCAGACACAGACGAACUGGUAUGGAUCCUGGGGAAGCAACAUCUUCUUAAGACAGAAAAAUCUAAGCUGUUGUCUGAUAUAAGUGCUCGUCUAUGGUUUACAUACAGAAGGAAAUUUUCACCGAUUGGGGGAACAGGCCCUUCAUCUGAUGCUGGCUGGGGAUGUAUGCUGCGCUGUGGGCAGAUGAUGCUGGCUCAAGCCCUUAUCUGUAGACACUUGGGAAGGGAUUGGAACUGGGAGAAACAAAAAGAACAACCCAAAGAAUACCAAAGGAUUCUGCAGUGCUUCCUAGAUAGAAAAGACCGUUGCUAUUCAAUCCACCAGAUGGCACAAAUGGGUGUAGGAGAAGGGAAAUCAAUUGGCGAAUGGUUUGGACCAAAUACAGUUGCACAGGUGAUAAAAAAACUCGCUUUAUUUGACGAAUGGAAUUCCUUGGCUGUUUAUGUUUCAAUGGAUAACACAGUGGUCAUUGAAGAUAUCAAGAAAAUGUGCUGUGUUCUUCCUGUGGGUGCUGACACAGCUGCAGAGAGCCUUCCUGAUCCUCUGACUGCUUCCAGUCAGAGACAAGGCACCUCUGCCACAUGUCCAGCCUGGAAACCCCUGCUGCUCAUUGUGCCCCUUCGCCUGGGCAUAAACCAAAUCAAUCCUGUGUACAUUGAAGCAUUCAAAGAGUGUUUUAAGAUGCCACAGUCAUUAGGGGCUUUAGGAGGAAAGCCAAAUAACGCCUAUUAUUUCAUAGGAUUCUUAGGUGAUGAGCUGAUUUUCUUGGACCCUCACACAACCCAGACCUUUGUUGACACUGAAGAGAGUGGACGAGUAGAUGACCAGACUUUCCAUUGCCUGCAGUCUCCACAGCGGAUGAGUAUCCUGAACUUGGAUCCUUCUGUGGCCUUGGGGUUUUUCUGCAAAGAAGAGAAAGACUUUGAUAAUUGGUGUAGCCUUGUUCAGAAGGAAAUCCUAAAGGAAAAUUUGAGGAUGUUUGAGUUAGUUCAGAAACACCCAUCACACUGGCCUCCCUUUGUUCCACCAGCCAAGCCAGAAGUGACAACCACAGGGGCAGAAUUCAUAGACUCUCCUGAACAGCUGGAGGACUUGGACUUGGAGGAAGAUUUUGAGAUUCUGAGUGUCUAAUAUAGUGAGAACUCAACGAAGCGGUCUUCUGCCUUCCACCUGGCACCACAAAAUGAAGUGAACUUGUUACAUAAAACUUUUCUGGUCAGCAAGUGCCUGAUAUGCCAACAGCAUACAAACUCAAAAGCAAUUAUGACUGAGCCAAGUAUGUUUUUUUCAGAAAUAAGACAAAACAGCAAAUCUAUGACACCAACCCAUCCCUGAAAAGAAAGAGAAAAAUCAUGGAUCUAGG